UCAAGACCAAACAGGACGAUAAAAAGGCCGAUUGUGAGCUCUCAGUGGGCAUAAAGGCCAACGACGGCGAUAUCGAGGCGUACAUGUACCGAGCAACUCCAAUUACGGAACAACUAAGGCAGACAUGCUGGAACGACACCGAGGCUGGUAAGUUCGUUCUUUCAAAGCCCAUCUGGCUGGGUGUGCUAACGUUGUCAGUCAUCAGCAAGUGUAUCAAGAACGGUCCCAACAAGGGUUGGGGAAACGGCCCCGACGGCCAAUUCUACGAGACAGGUUUCCGUCAUCUGAACGGUGAUGGCUCGAAACACGACAAAUUCAGCAGCGACGAGACGCUCAAGCCACCGGGUAAAAAGAUUGUGCCAACCUUGAAAGAUGGCUCCCUCGAAUGUGGCGAGGAUAUCGAUGGCAACGGCGCCAAAAUAGACGACUGUGAACAUAUCCAGCUAUCAUAUGGUUUCUCAACUCAUAAUCAGACCGAAUGCAAAUCACACGGCGACCAACUCGAUGAAGCUGGCGAGAAAAUCGGGAGCUGGUGCCUUGUCGAGGAACACAGCUCGUGUGCUUUCGUCAUUGCAGAUGCCAAGGACCACUCUAGCGAAAUCACCUCAAAUGAUUUUAACGACUUCAGACUUCACACGCAUAACAAAUGCGAAAAGUUCGGGACGGGUACGGUUGUGGCGGCUGGGGAUGCGGAGGAAGACAUGGGCUUGUCCGUCCAGACGCUGUGCUUUGUGAACAAACACCACCCGGAACUCUGUAGUACAAAGAAAAAGAGCUAAGCGAGGCUUACUAACGGUACCUAUUAGCUACCUACCUAGUGAAAAGAUAUAUUAGUCUGAUAUUAAUAAGACGGCUGUAGAUAGAGUGAAUAGAAAGGUAUUAUAUACGCGUCUCUACAUGCGUUUUCUUGGGAACUCUAACACAAAGUUCUGGCUACUAGGAGCUGAUGAAAGCUUGGCGCUAAGUUCUAUGCCCUAAGUAAGCCCUCUAGCGAUCAUAGAAUC